GCAAUCUUCAAAACUCAAGAGGAAUUAUAGAAAUGGAGAAUUUAGGAUAGAAGAUUGUUCUGUUGAAAAAAGAUCUAUUGAUGGUUUCCAAUUUGAUUGAUCAAAGUAUAUAGAGAGAAAAGGCUAUGGAAAUAGAUAGGAGAUUUAAUUUUUGUAAAUUCAUCAAGGAGUUCUUGGAUCAAUCUAAAAGGGAAAAAGAUGGCAAUUCAGAAAUCAAACAAUGGCCCAAAGAUUGUUUUGUGAGAGAUUGUCCUGAAAAGUGCAACAUUAAUAUAGUCGAAAAGGCUGAAGAGAUGUUUGAUCACAUUACAAAAGAAAUUUUGAGUUGGAAGGAACAUAACGAAAUCUAAAAAAGAGAAAAAUAUAAGAAGGAAGAUUAAAUUGCUAAAUAUGAAAAACAAAUUGAAGAUUUGAUUAUAGAAAAACAAAAAUAUGAAGAAAAACCCAUUGUAUAACCCCCUCCAAUCCCCUAACCUCCUAUUGUACUUCCACCUCCUCCUGUGAUCCCUCAAGAACCUCCAGAUGAAAAAAUGGAAAGUGUUGCUAGGUUCUUAGCCACCCUAUAUUUAGAAGCCAGGAAAUAUUAAUUAACUUUUGAUUAGGUUCUAUCAGAUUCAUUUCCAAUCUAUAAAAUAUAGCAUCCGUAACAACCACUCAACUCUAAAAGUGUCUUCCCCUUUUCAUUGAUGUAAAUCGAAGGAAAUGACUUAGUCUAUAAAGUUAGGAAGGAUAGUUGUUUAGAGAAAAAGGAUAAGGCCUAUUGGGAAAGUUACACAGAUCCAUCAUUAUCCAACACUUUAUAUUAUUAGAAUGACUAUUUUAAGGAAAAGGUUGAUGAGAUCAUGGAAAUGGCAGAUAUGGAUUAAAUGGUCUACGCUUAGAAUUAGGAUGAUGAUAAAUAAGACGAGGAUGAUAAAUUAUUUAAAAAGAAAGUAAAAGGAAGUACCACCAGACUAACGGGAUCUAAUGGAGGAUAAAUUAAAUGA